UCCCGGGGCUCCGCCCCACGCCUUGGCCCAGUCUCGGGAUCCAGGGCUGAGAGAGCAGGACGGAAGUGAGCGGGUCCCGCCCCUUCCCCUGCUGCUCUUGGUUAGAGUCGCCGCCGCUGCCGCCUCCGCUGCGCGCUCUCCGGCGAGCCGGAGUCUCCGUGCCGUGCCCUCGGUCCCCGGCCACGCGGAGCCGGGAUGCACUGCUCCUGCUGUGGGUUCUCAUCAUGGAGACCAAACGGGUGGAGAUUCCCGGCAGCGUCCUGGACGAUCUCUGCAGCCGAUUUAUUUUGCAUAUUCCCAGCGAGGAAAGAGACAAUGCAAUCCGAGUGUGUUUUCAGAUUGAACUUGCCCAUUGGUUUUACUUGGAUUUCUACAUGCAGAACACAUCAGGAUUACCUCAGUGUGGGAUAAGAGACUUUGCUAAAGCUGUCUUCAGUCAUUGUCCAUUUUUGCUGCCUCAAGGUGAAGAUGUGGAAAAAGUCUUGGAUGAAUGGAAGGAAUAUAAAAUGGGAGUACCAACAUAUGGUGCAAUUAUUCUUGAUGAGACACUUGAAAAUGUACUACUGGUUCAGGGGUACCUAGCAAAAUCAGGCUGGGGAUUUCCAAAAGGAAAAGUAAAUAAAGAAGAAGCUCCUCAUGAUUGUGCUGCUAGAGAGGUCUUUGAAGAAACUGGUUUUGAUAUCAAAGACUAUAUUUGUAAGGAUGAUUACAUUGAACUUCGAAUCAAUGACCAGCUUGCUCGCUUGUACAUUAUUCCAGGAAUUCCAAAAGACACAAAAUUUAACCCGAAAACCAGGAGAGAAAUUCGGAACAUUGAGUGGUUCUCCAUUGAGAAAUUGCCUUGUCAUAGAAAUGAUAUGACCCCAAAAUCCAAGCUUGGUUUGGCACCUAACAAAUUUUUUAUGGCCAUUCCCUUUAUCAGACCAUUAAGGGACUGGCUUUCUCGAAGAUUUGGAGAUUCCUCAGAUAGUGACAAUGGAUUUUCCUCAGCUGGUAGCACACCAGCUAAACCUUACACUGUGGAAAAAUUGAGUCGAACCAAAUUCCGCCACAGUCAACAGUUAUUUCCUGAUGGUUCUCCUGGUGACCAGUGGGUAAAGCACAGGCAGCCACUGCAGCAAAAGCCAUAUAAUAAUCAUUCUGAAAUGUCUGACCUUUUAAAAGCAAAGAAUCAAAAUAUGAGGGGAAAUGGCAGAAAACAGUACCAAGACUCACCUAAUCAAAAGAAAAGAACAAAUGGGGUCCACAGCCAGCCAGCAAAGCAGCAGAAUUCUUUGAUGAAAUGUGAAAAGAAACUUCAUCCACGAAAGCUUCAGGAUAAUUUUGAAACAGAUGCUGUUUAUGACUUACCUUGCUCCGGUGAAGAUCAGUUGCUAGAACAUGCCGAGGGACAGUCUGUGGCAUGUAAUGGACAUUGCAAGUUCCCCUUUUCAUCCAGAGCCUUUUUGAGUUUCAAGUUUGACCAUAAUGCUAUAAUGAAGAUCUUGGACCUUUGAUAGCAGAUGUAUUCUAGAAGUCCCAAGAUCAGAGACCUGUUGCAUUUUAGUGAGUGUCUCCUCAAGCCUUACCUUUCUCAGGUGUUUUAAAGAAAUGCAGGGAGGCAAUGUUUCUGAAGAGAUUAUCUGUGCAGAAGAAAGUUGAAAGAAAACAUGAGUUUGCACUGUAAAUGCAGUUAUAACCUUUUAUACAGAUUUACCUUUUCAGUGUUUGGUACAAGUUUAAGUUGCUUUUUUUGAGGGCAUUUAUUCUGUGCUACUGUGGGUUUUAUUUUGUAUUCUAGUCAAGAAAAUAGCGUUUUGAGUUAUCAAGUAGCCAAGUUAAUGGGAAUGCUCUGUUACCCAUUAUAGUAAUUGUAGUAGUAGUUUACUUAUAUUGAAGUUUUUAGAAGAAACUUAAAAUACCAAUUAUUAAGUGAACACAAGAGCUGAAGUGUCA